GUUCGAGGUUCUACGCCCCACGUCAGUAUCGGUUAGCUGUUCGUUUGUUGGUGCUCUCAAGUCUUGACGAUGAUGGCAGCGGUGGUGGCUCUGUGGCGGAAGGCGAUGGAGACCGUGAAGACUAAGGAGUUCCGAGAUUACCUGACCAGCACGCACUUCUGGGGCCCAGUGGCCAACUGGGGCCUCCCGCUGGCCGCCUUCAGGGACAUGAGGGCAUCACCGGACAUCAUCAGUGGCCGCAUGACGACUGCGCUCAUCUUCUACUCGAUGGCCUUCAUGCGCUUCGCCUACCGUGUACAGCCUCGCAACUUGCUGCUGAUGGCGUGUCACGGCACCAACAUAGUGGCCCAGAGUAUGCAGGCGGGCCGCUACCUCAUCCACCACUAUGGCGGUGGCACCGCGGCAGCCACCACUGCUGCUGUCUCUGCCGCCUCUGCCACCUCUGCGGAUUCUACUGCAGCUACCACCCCUGCAGCUCAAGACCCUGUGGCUGACAGUGACUGCCGGGAGAUCUCCUACUGUUGUCUAGUGACCUGGGACUGUGAUUGAGUGGCCUGAUCGAAUCUCUGCAGCUUCCACGCACUGAACUAAUCUUCCUAAACAAAAAGUUUUAAAGUUUGGUUUUGACUCUGAAACAGUGCAAAUUUGAUUGAAAGCUGCCGUUCAGUUAAUAAAAAAUGGCAAAGA